CUUCUUACAGUUGUAGAUCUAUUUUUUGCAAAAAGGAUUUUUAUAUUGGAAGAGAAAAAAACGUCACGCACACAUGCGCAUAUAGGGGUGCCACACUGACGCAUCGUUUGUUGUAUAGUCAACUGUUUUUUUUUUUCUCCUCUUCUUCUUCUUCUGCUGGAGUGAGAGCAUGCCUGUAGCGGAUUAUUGUUUUUACCGCAUUCAACAGUGUUUUCCAAAGCAAAAAAGGGGGCGAAAGUCGCACGCAUAUGGAGAGGAAGAUCCAUCCAAAGUGAUGAAGAAUGGGGGUCACUGAAGUGAGGUAUCACGAGCCGAAUUGGAAAUCUCACCAGUAUCUUUCGACGACGCACAGUUGGACACUUUUACCAUGGAGCUGCGAGCUUUGAGAGUAAAAAACGCGAUUUUGCAGCAGGAGUCUGGCGUGGAGGCAGAAUCUUCUAUUUUUUGCGCAUCUGGAAAAGGGGAAUAACGUGUGAUUUAAAGAAAAAUAUAUAAUAUAUGUGGAUUUUUUUUUAUGCUCUGCAUUCCCUCAGUUGAUUUUUUUUUCAAUUUUUUUUUUUUUUUUUGCCAUUACAGCUCAGUAGAGGGUGUCAGAUUAUUCUUAGAGCACCGCGCUAGGAUGAACACUGUCUUCUUCUCUUUUUUUGUGAUUGCCACACAAAAAAAAAAAAAGGAAGAGACUGAGCGAGGCAAAGACGCCGAAGGAUGUGAGGGGUGAUGCGGGUGUUUUGCAGCGGUGGGCUCGCCUCUAAAGCUCCAGCAGGGAGUGAUUUCAGCACCAGGAGAGAAAGAACAGCUCCAGCAGCUCCAGCAGCUCCAGCAGGGUGUGAUUUCAGCACCAGGAGAGAAAGAGCAUCUUCUAACGCUGCAGCAGCACGACUGGAGGAGAGAAGGAGCGAAAAAAAGGCUCGGAUUUGUUCGUUUUCUUUGCAGCCAAGGUCAGUCUGAAGUGAAAACAGCCGAAAGAUGCAUCGGACUCUACUGCUGCUUUUUGAUUUUUCCAUCAUAAACACACGGAUGCUGUGAGGAUCCAGUCGUGAAUGUGGUCAUUUUUCAAUCUGGAAGUCUGGAAGUGCAGGUUAGAUGGAUCUGUUAUAAUAAAAAAGACUUCUCUUUAAAUCUAUCCCCUUUUUCUUCUUAUUAGACUGAAUUCACAGCUCAUAUAUAUAUGUAUAUAUAUAUAUAUGUCUUGAAACCAAGGGGAUGAAUUGUUCACGUUAAAAAAAAAAUGCUGCUUUGGAUUGUUCUGCUGAAUGCGGCUCUUUGUGUUGCCAGUGGAAAUGUUACAAGGGACGUUUGUAAGGAGCAGAUAUGCUCCUGCAACGAGGUCGAGGGCGAUCUGCACAUAGACUGCGAGAAGAGGAGCUUAUCCACGCUGCAGCAUUUGACUGGACCCAGCUCGCAGUUCUACCACUUGCUGUUGCACGGGAACUCGCUGUCCAGGCUCUUCCCAAACGAGUUCGCCAACUUUUACAACGCGGUGAGCUUGCAUUUGGAGAACAACGGCUUGCACGACAUUGUGCCAGGUGCUUUCUUGGGGCUGCAGCUGGUGAAGCGUUUGCACAUCAAUAACAAUAAGAUCAGAUCGUUCAGAAAGAGCACGUUUCUUGGUUUGGACGAUUUGGAGUACCUGCAAGCUGAUUUCAAUCUAUUGAGGGAUAUUGACCCAGCUGUUUUCAGGGACCUUAAUAAACUUGAAGUGUUAAUACUUAACGACAACCUCAUCAGCGCGCUACAUAUAAAUGUGUUCCAACAUGUGCCCAUUACGCAUCUGGACCUGCGUGGGAACCGAAUCAAAACGUUGCCUUAUGAGGGGAUCCUGGAGCAGAUACCGGGCAUUGCAGAGGUUCUGCUGGAGGACAACCCGUGGGACUGCAACUGCGACCUGGUGUCUCUUAAGGAAUGGCUGGAGAACAUACCACAUAACGCGCUCAUUGGGAGGGUGAUAUGUGAGGCUCCAACAAGGCUGCAAGGGAGCGACUUGAACGAGACCUCAGAGGUGGAUAUGUGCCCUUCGCUGGGUGGAGUGGACACCAGCCUGGUGGCACCUCCCACUCAGGAGGAGACCUCUGAGACCGGUGUCCCACGUCCCACGCCUUACAAGCCCAGUGGGCGCCCGGAUGGAGCCAAGAACCGCUCCAAAUCUCGCGAGAACUGGCAGCUGAAGACUAAGCCCACCCCAGUGGUGACAGGUGUGAACGGCGACAGGGAGCAGCAGCAGCUGCACAACGUGACGUGCCCGCAGCCGUGCAACUGCAAGCUGGUGGGCUCCAGACAGGGGUUAGGGGUCAACUGCGAGGGCAAGAAGAUCGAGACCUUGUCCAACCUCAAACCCAAGCCCUUGGCGGCCCACGAGCUGAACAUGCGAGACAACAACAUCCACGCGGUGAAGAAGAACCAGCUGCUCGGCUACUCCAGCCUCAACCUGCUCGAUUUGGGCGGGAACAACAUCAAGGUGAUCGACAACGGCACGUUCCAGAACCAGAGCGAGCUCAGGUGGCUGUACAUGGAUAAGAACUAUCUGGAUACGCUGAUUGCGGAGAUGUUCGUGGGCCUUGUGAAUCUGGAAUACCUCAGUUUGGAAUACAACGACAUCCAGCUGAUCGUGGCGGGCGCCUUCGGCCCAAUGCCCAACCUGAGGGUUCUGUUCCUCAACAACAACCUGCUGAAAUCGCUACCCGUGGAUGCUUUCCUUGGGAUUUCUUUAUCCAAAAUUAGCCUGCAUAAUAAUUAUUUCACCUAUCUCAACGUUGUUGGAGUGCUAGACCAGCUCAACUCAAUCAUACAGAUCGAUUUACACGGGAACCCGUGGGAGUGCACGUGCAACAUCGUGCCCUUCAAGCAGUGGUCGGAGAAGCUCGGGGCCGACGUGAUCGUGAGCGACCUCAAGUGCGAGUCCCCCGAAGGGUUCUGGAAGCGAGACUUCCGCCACGUGCGAAACGACCUCAUGUGCCCCAAGCUCUACGACAAAGUCUCCCCGACGCCCCCCUCCAAAAACAGCACUUUCACCCUGGACUCGGGGACGCGCUCGAACUCCUACUUGGAGCCGAACCGGGUCUCCAUUUCGGUGCUUGUCCCCGGGUUGCUGCUGGUGUUCGUCACGUCCGCGUUCACCGUCGUGGGGAUGCUCGUGUUUAUUUUGCGCAAUCGGAAGAGGUCGAAGCGGAGGGACGGGAACUCGUCGGCCUCGGAGAUCAACUCCUUGCAGACGGUGUGUGACUCGUCUUACUGGCACAGCGGCGGGCCUUAUCACGCGGACGGGGGCGCGCACCGGGGCUUCGACUGCAGCACGCACCUCUCCACGACUAAUGAUGCAUAAAAAGGGGACUCUGGUGCAAUAAGCCUGGAUUACAAACAGACAAGACUGACGCACAUAAAUGACUGAAACGGCCACCCAAAGGCAAACACAGACUUGUUUAUGUCUUGUUUUCUCCAGUUGAACCAAGUAAGUCAGUCUGCUGCUGCUGCUGCUGCUGCCGCUGCUGCUGCUGCUGCACAGGCCCCACUCUGUAAUAUAUGUAUAUGCCAAGCCCCCUGGCUAAAAAACCCCUCCCUCCCUCCUCCUCCCAGUUCUGCUAUUUGCCGCAAUCGGACUACGGAUCUGUAUGAGACAGAAAAGAGGGAGAACAAGGAGCGAGGGAGCGGGGCGUGUGUGUGAACGAGAGAGAGAGAGAGAGCGAGCGAGGACCCAGGGAAUGGUGCACGAACGCAUGAAUGUAAAUGUAAAUACUCGGACCGAUGUAUCAUAAUCUGCAUGAUGAUAUUUCGCAUGGUUUCAACACACACACGACGGCGAGGAACCAUAACCACCAUAACCAACAAAGAAGCGACCCUUUUCAUGUUAUAUCAAUAUGACGACAAUAUAUAGAUAUUAAGAAUUAUAUAUGACUAUUACAAAGUGCCAUUUCUCUAUUUUUUGUGAACCUGCAGUUAGGAUUUGUAUUUGUUGUUUUUUUUUGGAGAAAAAAAAAACUAUGGGAAAGGAAGUGAAGCUGUCAGUGCAUGUUCUUUUUUCUGUUUGUUAUCAUUUGAUUGUCGAUAAAUAUUGGGGUUAUUUAUACCGUACUAGAUGGUGCAGAUUAAAUCCACGUCUGCAGCAAA